AUGGUGAGAUACGCACUUGACCAGCCCACCGUGGCCCCAAGUACGUUUGUCCCUCCCAGCGACGAGCCGCUGAUGCCCAAUGUGCUGAGCUCCGAGAGAAUCCACUCCAGCGACACCAGCAAUCUCAGGGCGAGCCAAAAGCAAUUCUAUAGCCCCAGCUGGAUGUCGCCGCCGCGGACGCAUGGCAAGACCAAGAUGCCGGGCUGGCAGUCUGUGCCUGCCAAGGAAUCCCGCCCCCAGCGCAUUCGUGCUACUGCGCGCCCGCUGUCGGCUCCCAAAGCCACCACAUGCGGCAUUGGGCGAGACGGUGGGCGGAUUAGCAAGCGCAAGCGCAGAACGCCCACGAGGUCACUCAGGGGCUGCGAGACACUGCGGGUAUCUUACCUUGAUGACUACCAGCGUGACCCCAUGGGGUACUCGCGCGCCCUGAUGGAUACAGAGCGUUUCAGGGACAGCUCCAAGCAGGUUCCAAUGCCGGCGGGGCGCCAUGCGGGGCGCCAUUCUCUUCUGUCUCGCAAUGCACUGUCGUCGUCGUCGUCGUCGUCAUCCUCAUCUCAUGUACCCUCAAUGGGUACCACUAGAAAUGCCAUGGCCGACUCUCCGCGCAGCGGACACAACACGAGAAGCACCUCAUUCCACUCGCUAGACCACGGGUCGCUUGCAAUUCGGCAGUCGUCCAUCCCCCAGCUCCCAGCUAUCAUACUGCCCACCAGCAACUUCGAGGGCGGCGGGCGCGCAGAGGCUGCGCUGCGCAAGAGCGCCUCGGCGAGCAUCGCGCUGUUCCUCGAUGGGUCGGCGGGAGCCUUGGACUGCCAUGAGGGUGGCUUGCAAGUGUCUGCAAGGUCGAGCACGCUGAUGAUACCAUCAUCUGUCCCGCCCACGCCGCUUGUGAUGGCCCUGCACUCGUCAAAGUCCUCCGCUGCGCUGCAGUUCCAAGAUGCGGGCAAAGUCAUGGUGACACCGUCACCCGUCAUGGAGGAUCUGCAGAUUGGCCCGUACCGCCGCUCCAGCGCCCCCACAACGUCAGCAAGCGAUGUCAAUCAGUUCACCACCGACGACAUCAGCCGCGAUAUCUUCAACCUGCGUCCGCACACCAAUUCGUGCCCGGUAAAGUGGGCUAAAGCUGCUCCAAUGGAUGUGUCCGGGUACCCAAUGGCUGAGGUUCUAGCACCAGCCGAGCGCGACUGCUGCUCUAUCUUGCGACUGCUGCCCGAACAGUACCUUACCAUCAAGCAAUCGCUAGUGCGGGCUGGGCGUACGCUGCCUGAGGGUACAUUCAAGAAGCGCGAUGCCCAGAAGCUCUGCCGCGUCGAUGUCAACAAAACGAGCAAGGUGUUUGAGUGGUUUGUGAAGCUGGGCUGGAUCCCGUUCGCAGCAGGCAAAGCUCAACACCACCCUGCUCACUAA